AUGCCAGCAGACCCCACGUCCCCCACCCUUGGCAAGCGCCAACGCGGUGACAACCUCCCUUCUGCUCCCCAUGAUGAUGGCUUCGUCGCCGAUCCCGACGCCCAGGAGUCUGGCGGCGACGAUGACGAAGACGAGGAGAAGCCCAAGUCCGACAAGAAGGCCGGUCGCCGCAAGAUAAAGAUUGAGUUCAUUCAGGACAAGUCCCGCCGCCACAUUACCUUCUCCAAACGCAAAGCUGGUAUCAUGAAGAAGGCAUACGAGCUCUCUACGCUCACCGGCACCCAGGUUCUCCUGCUCGUCGUCUCAGAGACCGGCCUCGUAUACACUUUCACCACCGCCAAGCUUCAGCCUCUGGUCACUCAGCCCGAGGGCAAGAACCUUAUCCAGGCUUGCCUCAACGCUCCUCACGGCACCCUGCCCUCCUCUCUCCCCGUCGGUACACCCAUCGGUCGCAGUGCCAUGUCCAUGGGGCAUCACGCCGCGCCAGGGUCCGCCAACGUCCCUGGCGGACUCUCUAUCGCAGGCCAAGCCCCCGCCCCGGGCGCAGCAGAGGAUACUGAGGAGGCUCCCGCAGAGGAGGACACGGAGCACCCGCCUGAGCGCAGGAGCAAGCGCCGUCGCGCAUCCUCCUCUGCCGCGAACAAUGCAAACAACGCGCCGAACGCGUCUCCGCGUACCGCGGGCUCCCCCACACUCCCCGUCGUACAGCCGCCUCAGGGUGCCCCUGGCGCGCAGCAGCAGCAGCCUCCUCCGUCGCCGCACCGCGCGAUGCCCCCGCUUCCCGUCAACAUUCCCCCCGCGCCUGCGCCUGGCCAGCCGAGCCCUGCGCCCGCCGGUCAGCCGUACCCCCAGUACGCGCACCCCGGCCCACAGGGCGAUCCUGCGAUGUACACGGGGCACCCGCAAGGGUAUCCCGCACCCCCGUAUGGCUUCCCGCCGCAGACUGGCCAUGAGGGCGCGGCUCCGUGGGGUGCCCCUCCGCAGGUGCAGGGCGGCCAUUAUGGGCGACGGUGA